AUGGUCUCUCAAGCUGCGAAGGAGUUCGACGUUUCCGGCUCCCGGAUGAGCAGAGGAGGCUAUGCCAGAAGCCGCACCGUCUGGAUGAUUAAGUCGGUCGGCGGUUCCCUGAUCCCAGAGGUUGCACAGGACGCCAUGGAUAUCGGACUAAGGCACAUCAACGACUCGCCAUGGAGAUUGUCUCAUGCUCUGCACCUCAACGUCAGGACUUCACCAACGCCGAUCUUCAUGCCCUUCUCAAAGCUAAAGGGCCAACUACCACGUAAUCGCCUUGUAGGAAACGAGGUCCAGAAAGACGGACGUCCUAUCACCUCGCCUAUCUAUCGACUCCGUCUCUGCAUCAGAGAACUUGCUAUCAUUAACUGCUACUUUCCAACACCAGAAGCUGCUGACUCGGACAUUGAUGCUUUUCAUGAGGAUUGUCAUCCGCAAAGAGAAGUCCUUCCACCAAUUUGUCGUGGGUGA